CAGUGAAGCAAUAAGAAUUCAUCACGCGCCUCGAGAACCUGGAUUCUCAUGCUGCCUUGUUUACAUGAUGGACGGAUAUGUCAUAUCGUCUUCUUCAGAGGAAAUGAUUUCAAAUGAACCAGAGAAUUAUCGGCCACCCACAGAGCUGUACCCCUACCUCACCAAUGUGGGGGAAAUCUAUGAAGACCAUAGAUGGGCCUUCCACUCAGAGCGUGGCCAGUCGACUGAUUUUGACUCUCCAGUAAAUCACCUCACAGAGCUUCAGGCUGUGUCUCCGCAACUGUUGACACAACCCUACCGCUUCAGCAACGAGUCGCUACCCCUCCACCUGGAUCCACCACUCGCACCUCUCUCUGUGUCACCACAAAUCCCAUAUUACACCUCCUCCCUGUGCUACCAAUACCAACCCUCUGCUUCGCCUGCACAAUACUACUCAGAGGAGGAACAAAGAGGAAUUAGCCCCCCGCUUGAGGUAUCAGAAGGGGAGGAUGACUUUGAAGAACACAGCCACCCCUCCUUCAGGAAAGACACUAAUAACAAGAAGAAAAUCCGCUUGUACCAGUUCCUCUUGGACUUGCUUAGAAACGGUGACAUGAGUGAAAGCAUCUGGUGGGUCGACCAGGACAAGGGCAUUUUCCAGUUCUCCACGAAACACAAAGAAGUUCUGGCGAAUCGCUGGGGUCUUCAGAAAGGAAACCGGAAAAAAAUGACCUAUCAAAAAAUGGCUCGAGCAUUGAGGAACUAUGGUAAAACUGGAGAGAUUAAAAAAGUAAAGAAGAAGCUAACCUACCAGUUCAGUGAGGAAGUUCUAAGGAACAUCUAUUUACGUCAGUAUCCUCACUGAGGGGAGGGGGGGGAGGCUGUCUCUUGCUACACUGAAAAUCACUAAACAUGUCAAGAUUAUGUUUUGCCUGUACAUUUGCAAUUUAAUUUAGUUUUCAUACUUAUUAUUUUACACUUAUACUAUACUAUACUAUACUUAUUAAAUACUUAUUAUUUAUUUGUAAUGCCAGUGUGCUUCCUCCGUGGCAUUUCUUACCUUCCACAUAAAUGGCUUCAUUUCGGACUUAAGUUUGUGUUUGUAUACGAAGAUGAAAGGAGAUUUAAGAUCAGUCUCACAAAUUUAAAAUGUUUAACCUUUAUGUCAUUUAUG